AUGGCUACCCCUAGUGUCCUCGCUUUUGACGCUGAGGGUCGGGCCAUUGACUUUGACGUCUGGGUAGAUGACCUGCAGCUUUUCCUACAGUGCGAUAGGGCAGACGGUCUCUCCCUCUUUGACCUCACUUUUGGUGCCUCUCCUGCCCCUGCUGCUGAUGCUGACGCCACUGUUCGCUCACAGUGGGCCACACGCGAUGCUGCUGCACGUCUUGCUGUGCGUCGCCACCUGCCUACCUUUGAGCGUGCGCACUUUAGCCAGUACAAGAGUGCUCAGACCUUGUACGACGCUGUAGUUGCACGCUACUCCUCCCCUGCCACUGCUUCACUGAGCCGCCUCAUACUACCGUACCUCUUCCCUGACCUUGCUGCCUUUCCCACAGUCACUGACCUCAUUACGCACCUCCGCAAUAGUGACACUCGCUACCGCGCUGCGCUUCCUGCUGAGUUCUGCGCCAAGAACCCACCCCCCAUGUACAUCACCCUCUACUACAUAGUCACCCGGCUCCCUGACUCUCUCCGCGUAGAUAGGGACCACUUCCUCUCAGUUUGCCCCACCACUCUCACCGUUGACCUCCUCGAGAAGGCCCUCCUAGUGGCAAAGAAGAGCAUAGUCACUGUAGGAGCCUCUCGUGGUGACCCUCGCACCCCCGUCUUUGAGGGGUGUUCCCCCUCCCCCCUUUUUCCCUCUGUUGACUCUGCUGCUGCGGCCGACCUCGUUGGUUUCGAGUCGGUCGGCGCUACGUCUGCCCCGAGCGGGAGAUGCCGCACCGGCAAGGGCAAGGGGAGCAAGUGCGCUGGAGGGGCUGGCGGGGGUGGCGGAGGUGGCGGUGGCGGCAGUGGAGGGAGUGGGGGUGGUGGUGGGAGUGGUGGCAGGGGUGGAGGUGUAGGUGGCAGCAGUGGAGGCGGAGGCGGAGGCGGCGGUGGCGGUGGGGGCGGAGGUGGCGGAGGUGGCGGCGGAGGAGGAGGCGGCGACGGAGGAGGCGGAGCUAGUCGGGGGCGGGAGUAG